CUAGCAUGGGCGGAGCACCUCAAAACAGCGUGUCUUGCAGCGAACGACUGGCUUUGGUAUCAAUUUUGUAGCUCCUGGAUCGCCGGACUUGUGUGCGCGUACGUGAGGGGUGUUUUGGCACACUCACAGCAUUGCUGCCACAGCUUGGUGCAAGUGCUGCCACUUUACAGCGCGCAUACGCUCGACAUCGAGAUCAGAAAUGCGCGUCUUCCUCACAACAGCGUUCGCGAUGACGACGGCCCUCGACACCCGCUGGGACGCCGCGACGGCGCUGCUCGCCUCGACGGUGCCGGCGCGGCGUACGCGCGACCACCGCGCGAAACACGCCGUCGUGAUCGGCGCCGUCGACGACCUCAUUACUGCCGUGCAGCCGGACCGAGGGGGGCGCAAGCUCGUCUUUUUGGCGUCGGACGGCGCGCUCGUCGGCGAGCUCGGCCUCUCGGCGCAUGAACCCGAGACGAGCCUGCUGCGCGGGGCGCGGGUCGACGUGACCGCGCGAGGACGAGGGCGGGCGGCGACCAUGCUCGGUUUCUGGCUGCGACUCUGCCGCCUCGGCGAUGUCGCGCCGACCACCUCGCGCAUCAACAAGCCGCUGCUGGCACUCGCCCUCACAUCUGCCGGCUUUGUGCCUCUUGAAGCCGACGACGCAUGCGUCUGCGACGUGGCGAGUGGCGACGACGGCGGCGUGAGCGUGGCGUUUGUCGACGGCGCGUAUAGCUUUUCGGAGACGGAGCGCGAGUCGCAGCGCCUCUCCGUCGUCCCCGAACUAGUGAAUGGCCGGCGCGUCACGCUGCACGCCAACUACGCGCCGCCUCCGAACUUUGGCCACGCGGCUGUAGAGUUGAGGGGAGACGGCGCCGAUUGCCGGCGCUGGUUGACGGGGAAGCUAUCGCUUUUUGUUGAGUAA